AUGGCACAUAUCUUGGGCAGCAUAUGGAGACCUCGAUUCAAAUACUACCUCCUCGGCUGGUCAGGAGCGUUUAUCGGCUGUCAGAUUGUGGGCAGCAUAUGGGGACCUCAAACUAAAUACUAUUUCCUCGGCUGGUCGGGGGCGGUCAUCAGCUCUCAGAUUACGUUGUAUUACGAACGCAAACGUUUCCAACAAACGUGGACCGAAGUAAGCAAACGUCAGGACGACAUCGAAGCUCUUCAGACCGAGAGGCACGCCGCUACUAUCAGAAGACUCACGGCCGAAAGAUACUCCGCAAACAUUAGGGAACUCGAAGAGCUUGCAAAGCAGAGAGACAGGCUAUGGACUUGGAUGUGGGCCGUUUCGAGACGCCGCACACAGAAUGACUGA